CGGAAGUAGUCGUGGAGGUCAGCCCCUCCCCUUCCUCUUUCCUUCGGACCAGGCGGCGGCAGCGGCUACGAGCGUAGCCAUGGCUAAGAUUAAGGCUCGGGACCUUCGCGGCAAGAAGAAGGAGGAGUUGCUGAAACAGCUGGACGACCUGAAGGUGGAGCUGUCCCAGCUGCGCGUCGCUAAAGUGACCGGCGGCGCGGCGUCCAAGCUCUCCAAGAUCCGAGUUGUCCGAAAAUCCAUCGCUCGAGUUCUCACAGUCAUUAACCAGACUCAGAAAGAAAACCUCAGGAAAUUCUACAAGGGCAAGAAGUAUAAGCCUCUGGACCUGCGGCCUAAGAAGACCCGCGCCAUGCGCCGCCGGCUCACAAAGCACGAGGAGAAACUGAAGACCAAGAAGCAGCAGCGGAAGGAGCGGCUGUACCCUCUGCGCAAGUAUGCCGUCAAGGCCUGAGCUCACCGUCGCUACAGCAAUAAAACACAAAACUGUC